UGAACAUCUACAUUAAACUUGUUCGAUUAGAAACAAAUAGGGCCCUACAAACCAAAACAACACAACCUCCAGAAGGGCCGGAUCCACUCCAUAUUUAGCUUAAUGCAGUUUCCCUACAUCGAAUUAUCUAAAAUAAUUAAAAAAUGACUGCCGAUGAACGAAAUUUCCGGUCCAGUUAUUAUGAAAAAGUUGGCUGCCACAGUGUCGAAGAAAAGAAAUCACUUAACAAAUUGUUACAGGAUAAUAUACGAAAUCAUGUCAAACUGAAACAAUUCUGUUUGAGCUACACUGUUCCCACCACACAUCGCAGCCUCUUGUGGAACAUUAUUUUGGGCGUUAUGCCAUUGCAUAAGAACUCCACCGAAUUUAUUAUGAAUCAACGCAAAGCUGUCUAUGAUGAUCUACUCAGAGCUGUAAAUAUAAUGCAAUAUGGCUCUACAACAAAACCGAAAGUAUUGCUAAGUAUGUGGCAAUUGGAACAAAAUCGUCUUUUGCACUCAGGACCUGAGGAUAUAGCUGAUCAGGUGUUUAUGGAAAUAGUUAAAGUGUUGCUACAGAUAUUCAACGAUGAUGUUGAGACAUAUUGGUUGGCAAAAGAAUUCUAUGCCUGUACUCUAGAUAUACAACAAGAAUGUCCUAGACUGAAAGAGUUGACUCAGACACUACUUAAAAAAGACGAUAUGCAGUUGUAUAGUCACUUGGAAAAUUUGGAUGUUUUCAAAUCAGACCAAUUAUUAGAUAGAUGGUAUAUGACUUGUUUUGCCGGUGUCAUCAAUGAAUCUACCUUAGUACGUGUAUGGGACAAAAUAUGUGGCGGAUCAAAGAAAAUCGUCGUAUUUAUAUUCCUAGAGAUGGCCAAGGCUCUAAGCGAUAAGGCAAUGAAAUGCAAAACCAGUAACGAGUUUAAAAAUCUGAUAGAGCAGGUCAAAGAUCCGGAUGCGCUAAUUGUAAACAAAGCGAUAAAAGCAUGGCAAAAUAGCAAUCAACACAGUGAAAAAAUAACUGUUCAUUAAAAUAAAAAUAACUCGUUUUAUAUUCAUUAAUAAACUAGCUUUACCAACAGAAAUGUUAACUUAAAUAUACUUGAAAACAACAUCA